ACUCUCGCCUGACAAUCACUCGACUGAAGUUGUCAGCUGCUGUUGGUGCACCAUCCACCAUGGUGAGGAGGAAAACAAGAAGCGAGCACAGCUGAGGAGGACGAAAGUUUCUUGUUUAUUCCAUCGACUUUAUCUGUUACUUUUCUGGAUAGGACGAUGUUUGAUGGAGCAAGUUAUUGUCAAAUUAGCUCGAUGUGGACUCGACCGAAGGCAGAAUGAAGCACUGAGCCUGACGUAAGCCGGGAGAUUUGUGUGACUUUGUGCGUAAAAUCCCAAUCCGUGUGGUUUCCUAUGCCGCCCUGUGCGCUGCUGACAGUUCGUUGAAUUUCGUGACACUUUUGCACGAGGAUUUUUUACCUGAGCAGGUGAAACGAACACUAUGUCCAAAGCCAUGGAUCACGUAAAGCGUCCCAUGAAUGCGUUUAUGGUCUGGUCCAGAGCCCAGCGGCGAAAGAUGGCCCAAGAGAACCCGAAAAUGCACAAUUCUGAGAUCAGUAAAAGACUCGGAGCGGAGUGGAAACUUCUCUCGGAGUCCGAAAAGAGGCCGUUCAUUGACGAAGCGAAGCGCCUGCGGGCGAUGCACAUGAAGGAACACCCCGACUACAAAUACAGACCCAGGAGGAAACCGAAGACUUUAAUGAAGAAAGACAAGUUCGCGUUCCCGAUGGCGUAUAACUUGGGAGAACACGAGGCGAUGAAAGUGGGCGGCUUCUCCAGCGUAGCGCUCUCCGAGUCCUUAAUGAGCAACCCGGACAAGGCGGCGGCAGCGGCGGCAGCAGCAGCGGCCAGGGUGUUCUUCAACCCUUCCAUGUCGAAUCCCUAUUCGUUUUUUGACAUUGGGUCCAAAAUGAGCGAGUUUUCUCCGCCUUCAUUUCCCUACGCGUCACCAUUGGGUUACCCAACCGCGGCGGCGGCUUUGUCCGGAGCGGGCACCGUCGGCACCGGGACACAUGCCCAUACGCAUUCACACCCAUCACCGGGUAACCCGGGCUACAUGAUUCCCUGUAACUGCGCGGGGUGGCCAUCGGCGGGGCUUCAACCACCGCUCGCCUAUAUUUUACUACCCGGAAUGGGAAAACCACAACUUGAACCGUAUCCUGCGUACGCGGCCGCGUUAUGAGACUCAGGACUAUGGUGAUAAACGUUUUAUAUAUGUGAAAUAAAUGACUAUGGAGCAUGCACAAAACUGAACAUGUGAUGCGUCACAUUGGACAUCACACGUGUUUGUAACUACUAUAAUAAGUAAUGCCUUUCUGAGGUAUAUUGGGGAAUAUAAACUCUCUUUGGAAGGGGAAGGAUGUUAUUGACAGUGUGCAGAACGGGUCGAGCGAGAUCUACCAAGCCACUAUGCCCUUAUCAAUGUGAAUAUAACUAUUUGAAAUGGCUUCACGCCAGUUGUUAGUGCACCUGUUGUCCCGCUACAUUUCGGCCAAUGCUGUAUGUCUACCAUUAUACAGGGGAAAGUACAUUAAUGAUGAAUGUUUUAUUCUGGAACACCCGAAAAUCAACUCGGACUCAAUUACCCGCGCGCAGACUUCUCAAUUGUGUCUGCACGUGCCUGUAAAUGUGUACAGAUUGAUUCAAACAUAUCUUGUUCUAUAUGCCGGAGCUGUUUGACUAGAAAUGAAAUCAGGUGUACAUUUUGAGUUUCCAAAACUAUUUCAUGGAUGUAUAUUUAUUGCUUAGUGAAAACAUGACCCUGUUUGUUGAUCGUGGGACAUGGUUGAAGGUAUGUGCACAGAAAGGGAGACCAAUGAGCACUUGUCAAGUGUAAUUUAUUAAAAAAUAAACAUGCCCAAAUUUUCUGAUCAAUUUAAGGGUGCUGGUCCGUCGACAUACAAUAUCACUGAUGCGUCCACGUCAAGAAAGUCCAUUUUAUUUUAUGUUAUUAUUUUUCUUACUAACUCUAAAGUGAAAUUGUAUGUUAUUAUAUGUUUUGCAUAAUUCCACUUAUAUGUACUUAAAAUGCCUAUCGUGCAUUCACUGAACAAAGGGGAUAUAAUAAAGCGUAUGCGGA